CGCCGCGACAUGCGCACCGGCACAGGGCUCUGAGCGGAGGCGGUGAUGUCGGGGCGCCAGGACCCCGGCCCAGGCUGUGGGCUGCUGCUGGCCCUGGUGCUGGCAUUGAGCGGGCUGCCGUGGGCGAGGGGCGUCGAGGAGGUGCCUGGUGGCACGCAUGGAGCAAGUCAGGGCUUCCAGGUGGUCACUUUCGAAUGGCACCACGUCCAGGACCCGUACAUCAUCGCUCUCUGGAUCCUUGUAGCCAGCUUGGCCAAGAUCGUGUUCCACCUGUCCCACAAGAUCACCAGCGUGGUCCCUGAGAGCGCUCUGCUCAUCGUGCUGGGGCUGGUGCUGGGUGGCAUCGUCUGGGCGGCCGACCACAUCGCCUCCUUCACACUCACACCCACCGUCUUCUUCUUCUACCUGCUGCCACCCAUUGUGCUGGAUGCUGGCUACUUCAUGCCCAAUCGACUCUUCUUCGGCAACCUGGGCACCAUCCUGCUGUAUGCGGUCGUUGGUACCGUGUGGAAUGCGGCCACCACCGGGCUGUCUCUAUAUGGCGUCUUCCUCAGCGGGCUAAUGGGGGAGCUGCAGGCGGGGCUGCUGGACUUCCUCCUGUUUGGCAGCCUCAUAGCAGCUGUGGACCCAGUGGCUGUCCUGGCUGUCUUUGAAGAGGUGCACGUCAAUGAGGUCCUAUUCAUCAUCGUGUUUGGGGAGUCACUGCUGAACGAUGCUGUCACCGUGGUCCUGUACGACGUGUUCACAUCUUUUGUGGCACUGGGUAGUGACCAGGUGACCGGCGUGGAUUGCGUGAAAGGCAUAGUGUCCUUCUUCGUGGUGAGCCUGGGAGGCACCCUGCUGGGUGUGGCUUUUGCCUUCCUGCUGUCCCUGGUGACCCGUUUCACCAAGCACGUGCGCAUCAUCGAGCCUGGCUUCGUCUUUGUCAUCUCAUACCUGUCCUACUUGACCGCAGAGAUGCUGUCCCUUUCGGCCAUCCUGGCCAUCACCUUCUGCGGCAUCUGCUGUCAGAAGUACGUAAAGGCCAACAUCUCGGAGCAGUCGGCCACCACUGUGCGCUAUACCAUGAAGAUGUUGGCCAGCAGUGCCGAGACCAUCAUCUUCAUGUUUCUCGGCAUCUCAGCUGUGGACCCCCUCAUCUGGACGUGGAACACGGCCUUCAUCCUCCUGACGCUGGUCUUCAUCUCUGUGUACCGGGCCAUUGGAGUUGUGCUGCAGACCUGGGUCCUGAAUCGCUACCGCAUGGUGCAACUAGAGCUCAUAGACCAGGUGGUCUUGUCCUAUGGAGGCCUGCGUGGGGCUGUGGCCUUUGCACUGGUUGUGCUCCUGGACAAGAACAAGGUCAAGGAGAAGAACCUGUUCGUCAGCACUACCAUCAUUGUGGUCUUCUUCACUGUCAUCAUCCAGGGCCUGACCAUCAAGCCCCUCGUGCAGUGGCUGAAAGUGAAGAAGAGUGAACAGCGAGAGCCCAGGCUCAAUGAGAAGCUGCAUGGCAGGGCUUUCGACCACAUUCUCUCAGCCAUCGAGGACAUCUCAGGACAAAUCGGGCACAACUACCUCAGAGAUAAGUGGUCCAAUUUUGACAGAAAGUUCCUGAGUAAAAUCCUAAUGAGACGGUCAGCUCAGAAGUCCCGAGAUCGGAUCCUGAAUGUUUUCCAUGAGCUGAACUUGAAGGAUGCCAUCAGUUACGUGGCUGAGGGAGAGCGCCGUGGGUCCCUGGCCUUUAUCCGCUCCCCAAGCACUGACAACAUGGUCAACGUGGACUUCAGCACGCCACGACCAUCUACUGUGGAGGCCUCUGUCUCCUACCUCCUGAGGGAGAAUGUCAGCGCGGUAUGUCUGGACAUGCAGUCCCUAGAGCAGCGGCGGCGCAGCAUCCGGGACGCAGAGGACAUGGUCACCCACCACACAUUGCAACAGUACCUGUAUAAACCACGACAGGAGUACAAGCAUCUCUACAGCAGACAUGAGUUAACUCCAAAUGAGGAUGAGAAGCAGGACAAGGAGAUUUUCCACAGGACCAUGCGGAAACGCCUGGAGUCUUUCAAGUCAACCAAGCUGGGCCUGAACCAGAACAAGAAGGCAGCCAAGCUGUACAAGAGGGAGCGUGCCCAGAAGCGGAGAAACAGCAGCAUCCCCAAUGGGAAGCUGCCCACCGAGAGCCUCAUGCACAACUUCACCAUUAAGGAGAAAGAUUUGGAACUCUCGGAUCCUGAGGAGGCCCCUGAAUAUGACACUGAGGAGACCAGUGGGGGUAUUGAGUUCCUGGCAAAUGUCACCAAGGACACUGCAUCUGACUCCCCUGCAGGAAUUGACAACCCUGUAUUUUCUCCGGACGAGGACCUGGGCCCCAGCCUCCUGGCCAGGGCGCCUCCCUGGCUGACUCCAGGGGAGACAGUAGUGCCCUCCCAGAGGGCCCGCCUGCAGAUACCCCACUCUCCCAGCAACUUCCGCCGUCUGACGCCCUUUCGCCUCAGCAACAAGUCUGUGGACUCCUUUCUGCUGGCUGACGGCCCUGAGGAACGGCCCCAUGCUGCCAUCCCUGAGUCCACACACAUGUGACACCGGGUCCGACACCCCACUGACCGGACGCUCAUCCCCACGCCACCGGUC